AUGGAGUGUUGGUCUUGCGGAGGCACCCACAAGUUACAUUACUGUCCAAUGGCGGCGUUAACCUCCGACAACAAUGCCCUGCUAUCGGUAAGGGAGAAUAUUGACCAGCCUAAAUCUUUCACACAAGUGGAUGGUCAAACAAACAAUCUCAAGGUAUACGAACAAGUGACUAAUGGAGCAAUUGAGAAACAAAUGACUGGAACAACCAAAUUGGUCGACCUGGUCGACCAAAUCUAUAGACCCGAGCACCGACCCAAGCACAGACCCGAGCAUCAACCCGAGCACAGACUCAAGCACAGACCCGAGCACAGACCCGAGCAUCGACCCGAGCACAGACAAGAGCAUCGACCCGAGCACCGACCCGAGCAUCGACCCGAGCACGGACCCGAGCACAGACCCGAGCACGGACCAGAGCACAGACCCGAGCAUCAACCCGAGCACAGACCCGAGCACAGACCCGAGCAUCGACCCGAGCACAGACCCGAGCACCGACCCGAGCAUCGACCCGAGCAUCGACCCGAGCACAGACCCGAGCACCGACCCGAGCACAGACCCUAG